AUGACGGUCUUUCAUAUUGCCCUUCUCGAAUUCAAGCCCACCGUUUCAUCGGAGGAGCUAUCAGAGGCAGGCUUCACUCACGCAUUCGUUGCCGAGUUUGAAUGCGUGGCCGACCGCGAUACCUAUAUCAAGAUCGACCCGAUUCAUCGAGCCUUUGCUUUGAAGAUUAUAGGUGUCGUGAUGAGAGCACAAACGCUGGAUUUUGAAUCGGGAGUGUUUUGA